CAAAGGCUGGGGCGCGCCAAGAGGGGAUCAGCUGCGCACAGGGCUGGAGAGGGACAUCGGAGGGUAGGAUCGGGCGCUAGCAAAAGUCUCUCUCUAUACGCAAGGGACCAGGACCAGCGACCCCAUCCUAGGAAGAUCCACUUAACCGGGCAAGAUCUUGCUGACCUCCCAGAAUUGGUGGUAGACUUGGAUGUCAUCAUUCCUCAGUAUGAAGCCACCCAAAUGGAGCAGUAGCCACAGACUGAUGCAGUUACUGUAAUGCAAGGUGACAUGCCACCCCAUCAGUAUGGCUCCCAAGAGUGAAGAAUGUGAUCUGUACCUUUCCAUCUACCUUCUCACCAUCAUCACAGGCUUUCCCACCAAUCUGUUGGCUCUGUGGGCCCUCAUUAAGAAGCUGAAGACCAAGGCUACACCCAAUUGUGUCCUUCUUCUCAACCUCACUCUUUCUGACCUCUGUUUCCUGUCCUUUUUGCCCUUCAAGGCAGUGGAGGCCAUUGCUGGCCAUUGGCCUCUUCCUGCUGUCCUGUGUCCCCUCAGUGGCCUCCUCUACUUCAGCACCAUCUACUCCAGCACACUCUUCCUCACAGCAGUGAGUGUGGAACGCUACUUGGGCGUGGCCUAUCCUAUCCAUUACAAGCUGAGGCGCCACUCAGCCCAUGCAGUAAUUGCCAGUCUAGGUCUCUGGGCCUGCUCUUUUGCCCACUGCAGCAUUGUCUUUAUCACUGAGUUUCAUGAGGCCAACUAUUCAAAUGGCAGCAAUGUCUGUUAUGACCUCUUCACGCCUGGCCAGCUUGACCUCCUCCUCCCAGCUCGGCUGGAACUUGGCAUCGUUCUCUUCCUGGUUCCGUCCUUAAUCACCUCCUUCUGCUAUUGCGGCUUUAUGAAGAUUGUCAUCUCUUCGCCACACAUCUGCAGGACCAAAAAGCAACGAGCCGUGGGACUGGUAGCCGCCACCCUAGCUGUGUUCAUCAUCUGCUUCACCCCCUACAACGUUUCCCACUUUGUCGGUUUUAUCGAGUGGGAAAAUCCAGAUUGGAGGGACAAGGCCUUACUUUUUAGCACCCUCAAUGCGAGCUUGGACCCCAUCAUCUUCUACUUCUCCUCCACCGCGGUGCAAAAUUCAUGUUGGGGUUUCCUGACCCAGGUCAAAAGAGUCUGCACUCUCUCUCCUUUGGUCCAGAAGUUCUUCUGCAAAGAGACUAAGAAACUGAGGAUAGCAAGUACACAGGAACCAGUUUGCUGUUCCAAGCUAUGACGUUCUCUGUAUGUGGAAAUUUCCAGAGACACAGUCCUUUCCUUCUGCAUAGGAUAAAUGAAAAAAAAGAAAACAUGAUCUGGGAGUUUCAGAAAUAGCUUCAGACUUACAAAUCUCCAGUGACAGUUUUAGCUUC